AAAGAAGUGCAGUCGAGUUAGGACGCGGCCACGUGAUCCGCAGUCACGUGACUCUGGUCUGCAUUUCACAAUGGUAGAGUGAGUGAACAGAAUAAAAGCUCUUCAGGAGGAAUUUUCACCUACAGGCAGGACAGCUUUUAUCAUCCUCCUGGGAUCUCCUGGAAUCUCCUCCAUCAGGUCACCAUUCUGGUGUUCAACAUGAAUUUUCUCCUGGAGUCCUUGCAUGUGCUGGUGAUGUCUUUGUACUGUUUUCUGGAGGCCUUCGUAAAGAUUUUCCUGCCGGUGGGGAAGAAGAGCAUCGCCGGGGAGACGGUGCUCAUCACAGGGGCGGGCAGCGGCAUCGGGCGCAUCCUGGCGCAUCAGUUCGCCACCAUGGACGUCACGCUGGUGCUGUGGGACAUCAACCUGGACGGGGUGACGGAGACGGCUCGGGUGGCUAAAGAGAAAGGAGCUCGGAGCGUCCACCACUAUCAGGCUGACUGCAGUGACCGGGCCGAGGUGUACAGACUGGCUGAGAAGGUCAAACAGGAAGUCGGAGAUGUUACAAUCCUUAUAAACAACGCCGGCAUCGUCCAUGGCAAAAAGUUCAUGGAUACUCCAGACCUUCUGGUGGAGAAAACGCUCCACGUUAACGCGAUGGCUCACUUCUGGACGUAUAAAGCGUUCCUUCCAUCGAUGGUGAAGAAAAACCACGGCCACCUGGUCUGCAUCGCCAGUUCAGCAGGACUGAUCGGUGUUAAUGGUCUCGCAGAUUAUUGCGCUAGCAAGUUCGCCGCUGUGGGUUUCGCCGAGUCAAUGGCCCUGGAGCUCAUAGCCACGGGAAGCGACGGCAUCAAAACCACUAUAGUGUGUCCGUAUUUCGUCAACACAGGGAUGUUCGACGGCUGCAGCACGAAAUGGCCACGCUUCCUUCCCAUCCUGGAACCAGAGUACGCCGCCAAGAGGAUCACAAACGCUAUUCUGACAGACCAGACCUACCUUUUCAUGCCGAGGAGCAUCAACUUUUUAAUAUUCUUGAAAAGUUUCAUGCCGUUUAAGGAAGUGGUGAUCCUGGGCAUGUACUUCGGAGCCUUCAACUUCAUGGAUGCUUUCAAAGGAAGACAAAAGAAAGCCGAUUGAUUUCUGAGCGCUUUUUCUAUUUCUAAAAGAUAUUGUUUGUGUGUUGGAGCAUUUUACAGAUGAAUAAUAAUCAUUAAUAAUUAAUAUAUUUUUAUGUAUAAAUAACCAAAUUUUAUUACGGGACCAAAACCAGUCCAUGGGAUCAUGAAUGUGGUCCAGUGGUAAAUUUUCAAUACAGGUUGUUUUGUUUGUUUUUGUUUUUUAA